AUGACUCGGUUGCAAGAAUCAGAGCUCCAGAAACAACGCCUUCUAGAACACUACAAUGAAGAGAUAGAGCACAGAGCCAAGCAGAUCGAGGAAUCUGAUGCGUUAAUCGCUGAUUUGAAGGGGGCAGUCACCCAGCUCGAAGCUCGUCAGGCGUUUUGGGAACGGAGACGAGACGAAACGUUGCCGCUGGUGUACCUUGAGUCAGAGACAUUUUUCAAUGUGAUGACCAACAUCACAGACGACGAGUUCCAGAACUGGCUGCAACGGGUCACCUCGGCGAGAGCAGCCAACCGUCCGCGCCCUGAGUCCGACGUCGUCGCCAACACUGCGGCCAUUUCUACCGACGACAACCUCAACGCAGUUGAUGAUACCACAACUGACGUGCUGCCGGAGGAGAACCUCGUCCACGGCGAGCCAAGAGAUACCACCAAGGAGGUGUCUAAAAAACGCGCGAAUGCAGCCGUUGAAUCCGCCGUGGUCGCUGGGACAGAGUCCGAUGCCGAUCACGCCCAAAGACGGAAACACAAAUCAGAUUGGACACCGCCGGCACCAUCGUCAUUCAGCAAGAAGCACAAACGCUCCCAUUUCCCCCGAGAAGUACCGCCAUUUGCCUCGGCUUUCGGAUGA